UAGUGAGAGAAUUGUCACUAUAUUAUCAAUCCCUUUCUGCUUUUAGUAUUUUAUUGUGUAAUUUUCUAACAUACCUAAUCAUGAAUGCCGAAAACCGUUACCAAGUGAACGCUUCCUUAUUCAUGUUGGGGGAAAUAAAACGUCGCCAGGAACACGUGACGCGAGGGUUUCAGCUCCUGAAGAGGAAGGCUGAAGCUCUAAGGUUUAGGGGGAGGCAGGCUGCAGCCGAGAUGGUGAGGACUCAGGUGCUAAUAGGGCACACGCUCAAGGAAGCCUUCAUGACUUUAGCUGCUGUGAAGUUCACUAAUGGAGAUUCGAAUGCGAUGGUGCUUGAAAAUGUUGGACAGGCGAAGCUUCGCGUCAAACGCGUACCCGAAAACAUAUCAGGCGUCGCCACAGUCUCCCUGUACCCAGUCGAGGACAUUAACAUCAGCGACGUGUCCCGCUACGCAGGCCUGGCGUCCGGGGGCCAUCGCACUGCGGAAGCUAAGAAGGCUUUCAGACAAGUCCUGAGGAUCCUUGUCAAGUUCGCCUCUUUGAGAAACACGUGUAUACUGCUUGACGAGUCCGUGAGAAUCACGCUUAGAAAGCUGAAUGGCAUAGAAAAAGUAAUCAUGCCGAAGUUACGUAACACGGAGUCUUACAUUAGGACUGAAAUGGACGAACGGGAGAGAGAAGAGUUCCACCGUUUGAAGAUGGUGAAAGCAAAGAAGAUGCGAGCUCAGUACUUGAACAAAUUGCAACAACCUGCAGAUCGGAACGGGCCGGAGUCUGGGGACUCUUCAGUGUCGUCCGUGCAGUCUUCCCACAAGCUGGCAAUAGGACUAGGCCCGACAUGCCUCAUGCACACUCGGCUAGACGCCAUGUCCACCAGCGCUGACUCUGGCGGAGAUUUCCAGCCGGUGUGCUACCCCCACUACUGGGAUGACGAUGAUUUGUUGUUUUAGGAGGCCCUUAAAGGUUGACUGCCGUGCGAACGGUUAUAAUCAUCCAGUAAUCCAGCCAGACUAGAUAGUCUUACUGGCUUGCAUUAACUAUUGGCGGCAUGUAUUUAAUAGAAAAAGAAGACUGUUUUUUCUUUUGUACACUUGUAUCCCUUUGUGUUGGUUGGUCGGCCCUUGCCACCAUAGAUCAACAAAAAGAAAAAACCAAUUUGUCUGCCAAACCGGACCGAGCGGAAUUUAAGGGUCUACGAUCUUCGGAUUUAUUUAGGUAUCGCCAAUGCCUAUUGUACCUAUUUAUUAUUACUUAUUACUCAUAAAUCCAAUAAAAUACAUGAA